AUGGCAUUUUCGCCUCAGUGGCUCACCGCGAAGCACUCGGACUCGCGUAGUCCUGUCGGUCAGGAGGCGGGAGAGGGGGGCGGGUACGGCAAGAAGGAGCGCUGGGUGGAUCCGCCGGGGAUGGGCGCUCCCCGCCCGGGGCUUGGCGCGGGAGCGGAGGGGGGGAGUGUAGAUUACCGCAAGGAGCGUUGGGCGGAUAGCGGUACGCGGAGCUUCGACCAGCGCCGCGAGACGAAGUGGGGCUCGCGGUGGGGAAGCGCGGAGGAGAAGGACAAAGAGAAGGACAAAAGCGUUGUUCACAGCGAGAGCUGGGGGGAGAAAAGCGGGCAUGGCGGAGGCGGGCUGCGCGAGCGCGGAACGCCGGAGUCCGCGCAGAGCGGGGGAAGUGCGCGCUGGACACUGCCGGGGGAGAAGGAAUCGGACAAACCUAGGGAAUACGAGAGAAGCCGCCCCGCUAUCGGCGCUCGAGACAGCGACAAGGGGAAAGAGGCUGACAAAGACAUAGGCGGCGGAGGGGCCGUUGGGGCUGGGGCGGGGGGGGCGGGGGGACCCGGGGGUGGUAGCUCCGGCGGAGCGGGGGGCGGAAGCUGGACUAGAGACACCACCGCGGGGAGGUCAGAGACGGGGGGAAAGUGGCGCCCGCAGUCGAUCGCGGGACGGGGCCGCGGAGAGGCUCCGCCAACGGGCACUGCUACAUCCUCCGCCGCCCCCUUUUCCAAGUUCCAGCCAGGGUUUGGGUUCGCGGGUCGCGGGCGCGGAGCGCCCGACGCCGCAGGAGCAGGCGCAGGCUCAUCUGCCCUCGUUGCUGGCGCGGGAGGCGGAGGCUUUGCGCGGGGCCGCGGAUUCGGCGGGGGGGCAGGGGGAAGCUGGGACGUUCCGGGGCAGGGCUCCAGGGCGCAGCAUAUCGGCGCUCCUCCCCCGGAGUCUGGCGGAGCGGGCGCUCCGCCAUCCGCGGAGACGUUCAGGUACCCCCGCGCGCGGCUGCUGGAGAUCUACCAAGCGCACAAGCGUGCGCCGGAGUUCAGCGCGGCAAUCCCGGGGGAGUGGUCUGAGGCGCCCGCGCUUUUGGGGUCGGAGCCGCUGGUGCCCAUGGCGCUGGUGGAAGCGAGCGCGGAAGAAGAGGCGGUGAUGGCGGCGAUUGAGAGCGGGGAGAUCGUGAGCAGUGGCGUGGUGCACGCGUCCAGGGACAAGGACGCGCCGCCGCGAGAUAAAGCUGCACAAGAAGGCGACAAACGCCCUCCCACGCAUGCACCUGGCACAGCAGCAGCCACCCACCCAACCGACCACCCCACCCAAUCUUCCCCAGCUUCACCUCCCCCAGGCUCCACCUCCCUCUCUCCCUCAGCCAAACCCACCACCACCACCCCGUCCGUCCCACCUGAAAAGCUCCUGCUACAGUACCGCGACCCUCAGGGGGAAGUUCAGGGGCCGUUCCCAGGAGAGGACAUCAUGGGGUGGUACGAGGCGGGGUUUUUUGGACUGGAGCUGCCGGUGAGGCCGGUGGAUCCGGGGACGGGGGAGGCGGCGCCUGGGGUGCAGUUUUUGCCACUGGGGGAUGUUAUGCCGCAUCUGAAGCCCUCUGCUAAGGUUCCUCCUGGCUUUGCCGCUGCUGCUGGCGCUGCUGGUGCUGCUGGUGUUGGUUCUGCUAGUGGUGGUGCUGGUGGGGGUGCUGCUACUGCUGCUGCUGCUGCUCCUGGCGUGGACGAGCCAGGCGCCCUUUACCAAGCCUCCUGGCCAGCUCCGGGCGCGGAGGAGCUUCGGGCCGAGCCGGGGGUGCAUGGGGCGGGAGCGGGUGUGGCUGGAGCGGUGGGUGCUGGAGCGGCAUCAAGGUCGUUUUCCAGUCUUGAUGCGCUGGCUCAGGGUCAUCGCACCCCCUCGCCCUCUCCUGCUCUCUAUGACCAAUCGCACCCACCACCACAGCAGCAACAGCAGCAGCAGCAGCAGCAGCAGCACCAGCAGCAGCAACAGCAGCAGCAGCAACAGCAGCCGGCGCACCUGCCACUCACCCACGAGCCGCUACCCUCCCUCCUCUCCCACCUCCUCUCCCAUCCGCAGCAACCCCAGCUCCAGCAGCUUCAACAGCAGCAGCAGCAACCGCCACAGCAGCAGUUGCCACUGGCACAGCAGCCGCCGCAGCAGGCGCCACAGCAGCUGCCAUCCGCCCUCUUGCCAACCCUCCCACCCCCGCGAAUUACUCUAGCGCACCUCCAUCACCCCCUGCACCCGCUCCUGCACCCUGCUGCCGCCGCUACUGGGCUAGGCCCAGCCACGCUCUACCCUGGAGCCGGGGGUCCGAUUAUAGGGCAGGAUGAGUUAAGUCUACGAAUGGUAGAGGCGCUGGUACAUGCCGGUAUUCCCAAGGAUGCUCCGUUAGAGCAGCUGCUGCAGCACCCGCCUAUAACGGAUCUGCUUAUGCGCGUACAGCAGGAGGUGGUGCAGCAGAGGGAGCAGCGGGAGGCGCAGCUGAGGGAGGUGCAACUGAGGGAGGCGCAGAUGCGAGAGGCGCAGUUGAGGGAGGUGCAACUGAGGGAGGUUCAGAUGCGGCUGCAGCAGUCUCUGGCUCUGGAUACAGGUGCUUCCGGGGGAGGUUUGCCUGAGGGGGUGGGAGUGGCAGGUGCGGCUGGCUUGCCACACGUGUUGGCGAAAGAGGGCGGGUUACCAGAGGUUGUGGUGGAAGGGUCGGUCGGGGCAGAGCAACAGGGUAAGGCAGAGGACACGGCUGGACACCAGCAGCAGCAGCAGCAGCAGAAAGAGGGAGGGGAAGGGGAGGGUGAGGCGUUGAAGGGCUUUGCAGAUCAGGGCGAUGGGGCAGGGAAGGGAGAUGAGGUGGCGGCUGCUGGGGAUGCAGAGGCGGAGGAAGGGCAGGGAGAGGCUAUGAGCGUUGGUGGUAAAGGGAAGAAGGAGGAGGUUGUUAACGAGGAUAAGACAGCCCCUACUGUCCCCGCCAAGUCCCUUGCACAGAUCCUAGAGGAAGAGGCAGCGGAAGCAGAGAGGCAGAGGGAGGAGCAAGAGCGGCGAAUCCAGGCAGCCAUUGCAGCAGGCGAGGUGAUUGGGGGGCCUGGUGGGUUUGGCAGCGGCAGCGGGGGGGUAGGAGGAGGAGGAGGAGGAGCCACUGUCUGGGGCAACGCUGGGUCUCCUUCUGUUAUGUCUCGGAAAAAAUCCCUUAAGGAGAUUCUGGAAGAGGAGGCUGCUGCGGCAGCGGCAGCGGCAGCGGCAGCGGCUGCAGAUACUGCAGCGGCUAGAAGUGCGGUUACCGCCAGUGCGGUGCUUUUCCCCCAGCCGCCUUCUCUGGAGCCUAGAACUGGGGCGAGUUUGUUUGAUCCCCUUAGCGGCAGGGGGUAUUCCAGUCCGGCUGGAGCAGGGGUGGCUGCAGGCGGGGUUGGGAGCGGUUCAGGGCGGUUGGGAGGAGGAGCGGGUGCAGGCUCAGGUGUUUCAGGUGUUUUGUCAGGUGGUUUCAGGGAUCCUCUGGCAGAGGAGAUUCUUGGAUCCGCUUCCUCUAUGCUGGAUGAUGCAAGGGUAGAGCUGACCAAGAGCGAGUCCGGCUCGUCUGCUGCUGCUGCUGCAGCGGCUGCGGCGGCUGCUGCCGAGGUGGAUGAUUCAGAAUUUGUGGAGCCGAAGGAAUUGAGGAAGAGCAAGAAGAAGGGUGCCAAAGGGAAGGGCGGCAAAUCGCCGCCCUCGUCCUCCUCUGCUGCCUCUGCUGCUGCCACUGAAGCUGCUGCAGCUGCUGCUGCUGCCCUCCCUGCUGCUUCUCUCCCUGUCGCCACUACCAGUAAGGAGGUUCCAGCAGCACCAGCAGCUGUGGAGACCAAGUCCAAGGGGUCCAAGAAGAAGGGUGCAAAGUCAACCCAGUCAGCAGCAGCAGCAGCGUCGGCUCAUGUGCCCCCAGCAGAGCUCCGGGCAGCUCAGGAAUUUCGGCAGUGGUGUGAAUCCAACAUCCUCAAGCUCACGGGCAGCCCUGAUCUCACACUGAUAGACUUCUGCAUGUCACUCCCCAAGGCAGCAGACGACCAGGUGCGGCAGUACCUCUUCCAGUACCUCGGCGCUGCCCCCCCUGCCUCCGCCUUCACCUCCUCCUUCCUCUCGCGCCGAUCCGCGCUCUCCCCUGCUGCUGUGCGUGUGGCCUUCCCUGUGAGUGAGGCGGUUAUUCAGGAUGACUCGUCUCUUCUCAGCGGUAGUAGUGGUGGCAGUGGUGCUGGUGGUGGUGGUGGGAAAAAGGGUGUGGCAGGGCAAGGCUCGGCAUCCUCACGUCCUGCUGCCUCGGCUCAGGAGGAGGCUCGGAAGGUGACUGCAAGUGGAUCGGGGUCUGGGAAGGCUGGGAGCGGUGGGGGUAGUGGUGCUGCUGCUGCUGCUGGUGCUGGUGGUGCUGCUUCUGGGGGCGGUGAGGGAGGGGGGGAUGGGGCGGGAGGGAAGAAGAAGGGGAAGAAGGGAAAGAAGGUGGUGGAUCCGUCUCUGCUGGGGUUCAGUGUUACCAGUAACCGCAUCCUCAUGGGUGAGAUUCAGCAUGUGGAGGAUUAG